AGAUUAAAUAGAGAAUUUUCGCGUAGUUUACACGGCGCUUGAUUUCCCUUGCGCUUUAGUUGUUGAAGGUUGCCGGGAAAGCAGUUUUAUCGCUUGUUUAAUUCGAGAGCGGUUCUGCGUGAAACUCUUUUUCUUCACUAUUUCUAUUUCUCUCUUAUCAAAAGCGGUUUCACGGACGAUUGCGACACGGGAUUUCACACUUUGCAAGCAAGUUUGCAGCGUGGUGGCUUACAAAUCGAAGCAAUAGGACACGUGAACGGCUUAUUUGUGUCAAAUAAUAUACGCUAGAUAGAGAAUUUUCGCGUAGUUUACACGGCGCUUGAUUUCCCUUGCGCUUUAGUCGUUGAAGGUAUUAUUUAACUUCUUGUAUUGGUAUGUUAUAUGUCUGACCUCUUGGCAAAAGUAAGGAAGAUUGCCACACAUUUCAACCAUUCGGUUUUGGCCAAACAGCGACUACAAGAUAUACAGCAGUCGCUUGACCUGCCCGUCCAUGCAAUAGUGCAAUCAAUACCAACACGGUGGAACUCCGCCUUACACAUGCUGCAGCGAGUUUUAGAACAAAAAAGAUCGCUAUCAUGGUACUCAGCAGAGCAUGGCCAUAUCCAAAAUUCAUUGCCCAAUGAGCACGAGUGGAGUUUGAUCGAAAAUUUGAUUGAGACGCUAGAGCCCUUCAACAGAGUUACUCUUGACAUUUCAAGAAAGGAUGCAACUAUCUCUCUCAUCAUACCGAGUGUUGGCGUUUUGAAGCUGCUAUUAGGAUCUUCGGGGCCGGAAACCAGGGGUAUAAAGUCCAUGAGGGAGGUUAUGCUUCGAAGUAUCAAUUCAAGAUUUUGUAAAAUUCAAGAAAACAGGCAGGCCAUGCUGGCUUGUCUGCUGGAUCCACGAUUCAAAGAUAGGGCAAUUCUGGAUGAAGCAAGCAAACAGCGGGCAAUACAAUGGAUGGAGGAAGAGUCAAAUGCCUUAGCAGCGUCUAUACCUACUGCAGAGCCUGAAGUGACACAGCCAGGUCCAAGCUCGCUUGAUACUAUGUUUGACUUGAUUUUGCAUCAUGAAAGACCAUCAUCUGGUACAGGCAGUAGUCAGCUCCAUCAAUAUAUGCUGGAGCCAGUGGCUGACAGAAAGAAAACGGAUGUAUGCAAAUGGUGGCAUGACAAUGCUUGUCGAUUUCAUAUCUUAGCUAUAUUGGCCAGAAAAUACCUUUCGGCACCACCAACAUCUGUUCCCAGUGAAAGAGUAUUCAGCACCGCUGGGAAUAUCUAUGCAGAUAACAGAUGUUCAUUGCUUGGAGCCAAUGCAGAAAAACUCUGCUUUCUCAACUAUAACUUGAGACUGUUAAACUGGAGCUAUUGAGAUUCCAUAAACUUACAUAAGUGUUCUUUCUUUUUCACCAUGCACACAAUUUUCUUCAGCACUGUGGCUUUACACUGUUUGU